GCUAACAACCAACGCCAAAACAAACUAAAUUUUCGCCCCUUUUUAGAGACUUUUAAACAUUUUGCAAUGUACAACGUGGAAUGCAUUCCUAUCAAGGACAUCAAGCCAGGCCUCAAGAACAUCAAUGUGAUCUUUAUCGUACUGGAAGUGGGCGUGGCCACCGUAACAAAAGAAAAUCGGGAAGUGCGAAACUUCAAGGUGGGCGAUCCAACGGCUUGCAUAAAUGUUUCGAUUUGGGACGAGCCGGGAAAGCUGAUAGCCCCCGGCGAUAUUGUUAGACUGACAAAGGGCUAUGCCUCCAUCUGGCGUCACUGUUUGACCCUGUAUUCCGGCAAGAACGGCGAGGUCUUCAAGAUUGGUGAAUUCUGCAUGGUCUUCAACGAGGCCUUGAACAUGAGCGAGCCAAAGCGUCCGGAACCGCAAGCGGUGGCCAAUCCCAGCGGAAUGGCGACAGUCCCACCGGCAAUUCUGCCAUCCGGCUCUGGUGCUGCAGGUUUGCCCGCCAAAGGGGGAGCUGCUGGCACCUCACAGCCGGUCGCCGCCGCUCCAUCUGGUGUUUCUGCAGCACCAAGCACGGCGACGACAACUCCUGCCCCGGCUACAACCAGCGCUCCCCAGACGACCACAAAACCAGGCACACGAGGCGGCCGAGGUGGUGGAGGACGUGGUGGCCUCAAGGGGGAUAGACGAUAAAGGGUUGGCUAGGAUCUGCAACGAAACUGGGACUUACAUUAAUGUGUAGCUUAAUAUGACCUCUUUAAAUAUCCUUCAUGAUCAACGUUGUUUGAGAUUAGAUAUCAGAGUUUUUUAAAUGUUUUCUUAAUAGUUUUCCCUUUACACUCUAUAAAAUACAAAAGGAUUUGGUUUUUCUUGUAAUUUUCAUUUUGGAAUGUAAAAUAAGGCUUAAAGAGAACUAAAUUUAUAUUAAAGGGUUUAUAUUUCUUUCUAAAUAGAUAAUCAAAUGACCAAA